GACAUAGAAAAACAUUAAAAUAAGACUCAAUUUUUUUGAAUUCUUAAUAGUUAACCUGUGAAAAAGCAAUAGCAAUGUCCUAAGAAUUGCAAUAGCUGUCAACGUCAGACACAGUUGUGCUAACGUUUAACAUAUUCUGAUUACCGAAGUACACUCUGACCACCUCUCCCCCCCAAACUCCGCCACGGUCUUGAUCAAAGAGCAGUAUAAAUAAUUUUAUAUUUAUUACGAAACUUUGGGGGAAUACGAAUGCAAAUGCAUUAACAAACGACGCCGACGGGAGCCAGGUGGAGUAGUUUGACUUGGGAUGGCCAUGCAUCCAUAUAUGCGAGCCAACCCGAACCCCAAUCAAAACCAAACAAACAGUGUCAGUGUCAAUCUGAGUCCGGAUGAAAUGCACAGCUUUCAAAAGGACAAACAGGCGUGGGAGCAUGCCAUAGUGCACUACCAGGGACCCGAUCCGCUCGAUCACUGGUACAAUUAUAUAUGCUGGUAUGAGAAUCACGCACACAGCGAUCCCGAGCGCAAAUUUCGGGAAACUCUCGAACGCUGCCUCACUGUUUACGAGCACAAUGAAUAUUAUCGUCAGGAUGUGCGUUUAGUUCGUCUCUGGCUGAAAUACAUUGCCAUGCAAACGGAUCAGCUGCGCUUCUAUCAGGUACUCUUCCAGCGUGGCACGGGGCGUCAGGUGGCCGCCUUCUAUAUUGGCUGGGCCAGCUACUAUGAGGCCCGGGAUCAGUUUAAGGAUGCCGAAGCAGUAUUCAAUCUCGCCUUCCAGGAAAAGGCGCACAGCAAUGCCGAGCUGCAGAAUGCCCAUGCCAAAUUUGCAUACGUUCGCUCCAUGUUUUAUCAGCAGCAGCAGCAGCAACAACUACAUCAGCACCAGCCUCAUCCACCUCAAGACGCACUGCAGCAUCUGACUACGUAUACCCAAGCGCAUCACCAACAACAACAGCAACAGCAAGCGUAUCAUCCUGCCCCAUCGACACCUUCGAGAUCGCAUCAUCAUCAGUCUCCAGAUAACUUUCAUCAAUAUCAGCAUCCGCAGCCGCAUCAGCAUCAUCCGCCGGAGCUACCAUAUCAUCCACAUGCCCAACAGACGCAUUAUCAGCAUCAGACACAGCCGCAUCCACCUCCGGCACCGGCGCCCUUUGAGCCACAGUUCCCGCCAUCGACAUCUGUAGCUGUGAACCAGAGCCAAACGCUGCCACACCCGCACUAUUCUCCCGUCUUCCUUCCAAAUCGGCCGGCCAUAAGUGACCACUAUGAGCCACAGAUGCAGGCACAAAUGCAACAGAUGCUGCCAGCUGAAGCUGAAAUAGUCAGCGAGACGCAAGCAGCACAUCAGCAGGAACAGGAGGAGGAAGAGGAGCAUGUUGCAGCUGUUGAAUCGUUGUCCUUGUCGCAAGUGGAAGGUGUGCGGUUGCCACGCAAUUUUCAUGCAUAUGGACGCAAUAAUCACGAGACCUGGAAGCCAGCACUGACACUCGAGGAGCCCGAUGAUCCCUCACGCGUCUGUCACUAUGCCAAGCAGCUGGUCUAUCCAGCCGGUGCCGGCAUCGAGUACAGUCCGGAAGAGCUGCUGGGUCGCAAAUAUGCCCAACUGCUGGAGCAGCGGAAACAACAACAGCAACAAAAGGCGCAGGCGCAAACGACGCAUCUCAAUGAGCAGAAGCAACACGUGGAACAGUUGAAAAAAGAACAUGCAACUUACGCAGCUGGACACCAACUGCAGCAGCAUCAGCUCCAGCAGCAGCAACAGUUGUCGGAUUCCUAUCAAUCAUCAUCAUUUUAUAUGACGGCCAUGGACGGUGAACUGUAUGCGACGACCAACGAUGACGAGGCGGAAGAAGGCCAAUCGGAAGUCGACGACGACGAUGAUGAUGAUGACGAAGUCGGUGACGGCGACGACGAUGACGACAACGCCGAUGAUAAUGGGGAGGAGGAAGCGGAAGACGAACUGCAUUCGGAUCAAUCCGAUGAAGAGUCAGACGGCGAAGGAUCCGAUCAAACGGAUCAGGCAACCAAACCAACCGUCUACACCAAUGGCGUGGAUAUGCACUUUCGGGCACAGACAACGACCAGUUUUGAGCAACAGAAUCGCUCCAUCAAGAUGAAGUUCAAGAAGGAGCGCACGCUUGAGAGCAGCACCUACAGUGCCUAUACCAUUGAGAGCAUUUACCAUCAGCAGCAAGAGUCGCCAGCGACGCCAGUCAAGCCGCCAGAAAACGUAAGAAGCAACGUACAGGACUGGAGUGGUGUGCAGCGUCAGCGCAAUGGCAAUCAUCAUUUCCAUCCGUAUCUGCUGGGUCAGACAUCGACGCCGAAGAGCACCGUGAACGAGAGCCGGCGAGCGCGUGCCAAAGCGAAACACGGCAAAUUCCAGCCAGAAUUGUUGGGCAGCAACAGCAACUCAUCGUGUUCGGUGGCAAAUGGUGUGGAGACCACAGCCGCAACGGAUGCAACAAUAAUCUCUGAUGCUGUUGCUUCUGCUGCAGCUGCUGCUGCUGCUGCUGCUGCUUCUUCUGCUGGACCCAUACACAAUGCUACCUUUAAUGACAACGCCAACUUCUCGUUCUCUAGUGCCGGCGGCCUGGAUAAUUCCAAUAGUUCACUGGCGCUGGCUGUCGAUCGACUUCAUGUCAACAACAAUCGAACGCACAACAACAACAACAAUAAUAACAAUAUUAACAAUAAUAAUAACAACAUGUCAACUGUAAGCGUACAAAGCACAACAUUGGCAGACUUUUCAACAUUUCAAGAGAACUCCUAUUUUGCAACGCAGCAUGAUGCGGAGGCGCAAGAGCGUCGCCUGUCGAAGGCACUGGAAACGAUUGCUCGCCAUCUGGACAGAGAGGCGAUCGAUCCGUUUAACAGUGAGCUGUGUCGUGCAUUUCUGGCCAAACUGAAUUUUCCCGGCGAUGAUGAUGCCCAUGCCAGCUAUAAGGUUGUUCAAACGCCACUGCCAAAAAUAUCGAAUACCCGCACGCUGAACGUGCUCGAGGGCGUUCAGUUCAACAUUGACAAGGAGGUGGGACGUGGAUCCUAUGGGUCUGUGUAUAAGGCAACUGAUACACGCACCGGCAACGUUGUCGCACUUAAAUACCAGAAGCCACCAAAUUCCUGGGAGAUCUACAUAUGCGAUCAGGUAUUGAAACGGAUUCGAGAUCCGGAGGUGCUGCCGGGAUUGAUGGAUAUAUCGACGGCGAUAAUAGCGCCAAAUGCCAGUCUGAUUGCCACCGAAUUCUCACCAUUUGGCUCGCUGCUGGACAUCAAUAAUAAGAUACGGCAGGCGACAACAAAAGUGAUGCACGAGUCUCUAGUGAUGCAUUUCUCGGCACAGAUCUGCAACAUCGUGGAUCAUUUGCAUCGACAGCGCAUCAUUCAUGCGGACAUCAAGCCGGAUAACUUUCUGCUGAUGCGUGUGCCCAGCGUGGACAGUGAUGAGCCAUCGUUGCGUCUAAUUGAUUUUGGCUGCGCCAUCGAUAUGUCGCUCUUCCCCGAUGCGGAAUCGACCAAAUUUCGCAAGGUUGUGCAAACGGAUGGUUUCACCUGCAUCGAAAUGCAGGAGGGCCGACCGUGGUCAUAUGAAACGGAUCUCUUCUGCAUUGCCAGCACGGUGCAUGUGAUGCUCUUUGGCGAGUAUAUGCAGCCGCAGAAGCGACCCAACGGCUGGGAUAUACGCCAGAAGUUGCCGCGCUAUUUGAAGAAGCAUGUGUGGUCGAAGUUCUUCAGCGAUCUGCUCAACAUGCAGGCGGACAAGCUGCCCCAGCUGCAGCAGAUGCGCAAAGUGUUCGAUGAGGAAUGCUAUCGCAUGGACUCGGAACUGCAGAAACAAAUACGCACCUUAUCCAACAUUCUGCAUCGGCGAUAACCCAAAUGCGCCACUUUAACAUCAUUCACUCAUCACCAAUCAUCAAUCAUUCAAUCAUUGUACCCAAGCUUCUAUUAUUUGCAGUUGUAUUUAAAAAAAAAAAAAAAAAACUGUCCAUAUUCAAUUUGGUACAAAUGUACCAAAAACUUGAUGCAUUUUUUGUGUUUAUUUGAAAUGCUUUUGGUAUUCCAUUCAAUCGAAAAAGUAUCCAAGUAAUUUUUGAGGAAAAAAAGUAACAAAUUUGUUACCCAAAAUACCAAUAAUUC